AUGGCAUGGGCAGUGGAACUAUCCCAAUAUGAUUUGCAGUACGAGCCAAGGCAAGCAAUCAAAGCCCAAGCAAUGGCAGACUUCCUCGUAGAGGUCACAGGAGAAACUCCCGACAUACCGAGCACACGGUGGAAGCUCCACAUUGACGGAGCAUCCAACCAAACGUUCGGAGGGGCCGAAAUUAUCCUCGAAAACUCGAUAGGAGUAGCCUUCGAACAAUCCAUCAAGUUCGAAUUCCCAGUUUCAAACAACCAAGUCGGGUAUGAAGCCUUGAUAGGGGGACUAAUGCUAGCCAAAGAAAUCGGAGCAUCAAGGGUGGAAGUUAGCAGUGACUCCCAAGUCAUCACUUCCCAAGUAAACGGCAGCUACCAAGCCAGGGACGCACUGCUACAAAAAUACUUGGAAAAGGUAAGAGAGCUAUGCAAAAGCUUCGAAGAGGUCACAAUCCAGCACGUCCCCAGAGAAAGAAACACCCGAGCCGACCUCCUUUCCAAACUCGCAAGCACCAAACCCGGCACGGGGAACAGAUCCUUGAUCCAAGGACUAGCAACGGAACCUGCAAUCGUCAUGUGCACAGCUCAGGCACCAAGCCUGCCCUCAUGGAUAGACCCCAUCUCCCGAUAUCUGGAGCAUGCAAAAACACCCCUGGACCAAAAGGAAGCGGAAGCCAUUAAAAGGGAAGCUCCUAAAUACACAAUCAUACAAGGGCAGCUAUACAAGCGAGGGCUCCACCAGACCCUACUUAAGUGCCUGCGCCCCGACCAGACAGACUACGUCCUAAGGGAAGUACACGAAGGAUGUUGUGGUCACCACAUCGGGGGAAGAUCUCUAGCAAGAAAGAUCAUUCGGGCAGGGUACUACUGGCCCACAAAGAUGUCGGACGCCCAGAAGUUUGUGAGAAAAUGCAAAAAAUGCCAAGAGAACGCCAACUUCCACAAAACACCUUCCGAGGAGCUCAGCCUAAUGAUGGCUCCCCAAUCUUUCGCCCAAUGGGGGGUCGACCUCUUGGGACCAUUCCCACCAGGGCCUGGACAAGUGAAGUAUUUGAUAGUGGCCAUAGAUUAUUACACCAACUGGGUAGAAGCAGAACCACUAUCCAGCAUAUCCGCAGCAAAUUGCCAAAAGUUCAUGUGGAAGCAAGUGGUCACAAGGUUCGGGAUCCCGGAAGCCGUCAUAUCGGACAACAGGACAUAA